AUGUCCUCUUAUGGGACCAGCCUCAAUCUUCUGUUUUUCUACAUAACAUGGACGACCUUAGUGCUGUCGCACUCGCCACUAAAGGUCGAAAUUGUUGGAACUAUUGCCGUGCGACUCCUUUUUUUCCUAAUUCCCUCGUUGCUCUUUUUCCUCUUUGAUGUUCUCGUGCCUUCAGCUGCUCAAGUGCUGAAAGCUCAAGGUGCGUAUGGGCUACCGACGGGAGGAAGAAGAAGAAGAAGAAGCGGCAAAGAGAUCAAGGUCGCUGCGUGCGCAGUCCUGAAUCUAUUACUUGGGCUGCUUGUUCAGACGACCGUGGAAUUUGGAUUGACCAGAAUAUUGGGCAUCAAGAGCGCGAUCAAGGUAUCGACGCGUCUACCACUGCCUUGGGGCAUUCUGAAAGACCUCCUGCGGGGUUUGCUGGGGCGUGAGCUUCUUGAGUAUACCAUCCAUCGCUAUGUCCUUCACUGGCCCAAUCUUCAUGUCUCGAAGUGCCAUAAUACAUGGUAUCAUUCACUACACACUCCCUAUCCUCUAACAGCACAUUACGACCAUCCCGCAUCAUAUCUCUUGUCGAAAUUUCUCCCAACUUUCCUUCCAGCCGCGAUGUUCCGCUUCCACCUACUUACAUACAUCCUUUAUCUUUCAACUAUAUCUUUAGAGGAGACGUUCGCAUAUUCGGGUUACAAAGCAAUGCCUACGAAUUUCUUUAUCGGAGGGAUUGCGAAACGAGUGGAAGCACACCUCUCUAGUGGUGGCACUGGAAAUUAUUCACCAUGGGGUAUCAUGGAUUGGGUUUUUGGAAGUGCUAUUGGGGACAAUGUUGCUGACGACGUUUUAGAAGACAUGGAGGACGUUGAUGUUGAUGAGUUGGCUGAAAGAUUGAUGGAGAAGUCAAGAAGGAAAGUAAAAAAUUUUAAGAGACGCACCAGAAAAACGGUAGAUUCAUAG